AUGGUAGCAGAUGCCGAGGUCGAUAUCCUCCUGCACGACAUCAAACUCACUCAGCUCACGCCGCUACCCGACGAGGAGUAUCCCCGCAUAUGCGAGGAGCGGAAGCCUGACCGAGGCUUCUACAUAGCUCUGGGACUGGUCAUAUCAGUGUGGAUGAUCACACCUCUAUCAUGUGUCUACUUGAUUUGGUAUACUCUGCUCUCUUCACAACCCCACAGCCUCACCGCAACCAUAUUCGCAGCAUACGCCUUGACAGAGACGGCAUUCGCUGUCUAUCUUUCUCGAUUGUCAAACCUUGUUCAGCAGCCAGCACCGCCGUCGAACCUUUCCGAUGAGACCCGAACCACGCUCAUUCAGAAAGUGUUUCAUUCUGGGCUGCGAUAUCCGACCCCUCCGCGAGGACUACUGGCCCACGAGAAGGAUGAUAUCGAGGAUAGGGACGCCAUCGCCGAGCGAGCAGACGCCGACUAUCAGAAGGGCUUUAUCAGCGCCGCCGAAUUGUAUCACAUUCGGGAUCGAGAAUAUGAGGAGACAGUUGGGAUGAGGGAGCGGCGGCGGGUAGGCAAGAUGACUCAGCCGGAGAAGGAUGUCAUCAGCGCUUUUGUCGAGGAGGAAGAUGGCGACAGAGAGAGGCUUUUGAAAGAGCAGAUUGCCGGAGACGUGACCCGCCCGACAGAGGAAUGGGGCUACGAAGGGAUCGUCAAAGAAGGGGAGAUCGUCAAGCUGCAUCCUUGGGACCGCCGGGCUAUCGAGUUCCGGGAGAGACUCCGCACGUGGUUCAACAACGCUCCUUGGGAAAAGAUCAAAAAGACCAACAUCCAGCUUUGGUUGGCUUGGUCAUGCUAUGGACUUCCACUAGAGGAUGCGAGAGCGACCGCCGAGCAGGCCGACUUUCUAGAUGUCGCCACGAGAUUGCUGGAAGCUCGUACGGGGACCGACUUUGAGGAAGGGUUCUCCGAGGGGGUCGAAGUGAUGAGGCUUACUCUGGACCCCGUUAAUGCCAGGGGACGACCCUUAAUUCUGUACGCUGUCACGAACUUGAUCAAUAUGACUCUCAGACAGGUUGUGUAUCCUUUCCAAGGUGUGGCCUUGUAUCGCGAAGGUGACAUCGAAUACCUUAUUCGUAUCCCUCACGGCUGGACGCCAGAAAAGGGCAGAACAGUACCAAAUGCCAUGCCUGUGGUGUAUCUACAUGGUUUGGGCUUUGGUCUGCUGCAAUCCCAUCUCCUCAUCAAACAUCUGAUCGCAUCUCUUCCCACCCACCCCAUCAUGAUUCCCAUUUCUCCCCACACCUCUCAGUCUCUGUUCAACAAACGCCAUCUGCGUCCUUGGACGAGAGCUGAACACGUCAGCUUCAUGAAAACCAUAUGUCGUAAAUGGGGCUUUUGGGACGGGAGUGACACUGACCGGAAGGAGGAUGUGGAGGCGGGUGAGAGAAAACGGGAUAGGAUCGGGGGCGUGUCUCUGCUGAGUCAUUCCAAUGGUAGUGUUGGACAUGCUUGGAUUUUGAAAGACUGCCCGAGUUUAGUCAGACGGAGCACAUUCGUUGAUCCUGUUGUAUUCUGUCUUUGGGAAGGAGACGUCUGCCAUUCCUUCUGUUAUCGGAAGCCAACAAACGCAUUGGAAUUGCUGUUGUACUAUUUCAUCGCUUCGGAGGUUGGCAUCGCAAAUUACAUUCAGCGACAUUUCGAUUGGAGUGAAAACACUCUCUUCUUGGAAGAGAUUCCGUUCGCCAAAGAUCCACGCAAAACAGCGUUCUUCUUGGGUGGGCACGACAUGAUCAUCGAUGCUGCACGUGUGCGAAAGUAUCUAGAACGCCAGGGUGUGACAUCUGGACUUCAUUGGGAUGCGACAGCCGGUCACGGUGACGGUCUCGCAGGAGUCUCUAGAGAUCGCGUCGUCAUGUACGUCGGUACGGGGUCCACCAGUGGCUGGCAGACGUGGCUGGGUAAGGGGAGGAGGAGACAUUCUCUAGGGACAGAUGAUCUCUUGAAUCGAGGUGGCAGGAGAAGAGGCGAAUGA